AUGUCAUUACAAAUUCUGUACGAUAACUGGCAAAAAGCUAAAAGAAAUACAAGCUCAGCAUUAAAACAAUGGAAUGAAAAAAAUAUUGAAUUAUCAAAAUACACUCAUGCUAAACCUUAUAAACUUGUAAAACAAGUAAAAGCUUAUCAUAAACACUAUGAUAAUAUGAAGAAACAAGAAAAAGAUGCUGAAAUACUUUAUCUAAAAUGCAAAGAUGCUUCCAAACUCCAAUAUAAUGAUAUUCAGCCCAAACGUAAAAAUGUACCUCCUAAGUUAAAACUUGAACCUGAAUUAGAUUUAAAGCCUCCUCCAAAAUAG